AUGGCGAACCAGUAUCCUGGCAGCUACAACAACAGCCACCAACUCAAUAACAUCUCUCCCGGAAAUGGCUAUAGACCAUCCGGACACCACUCUGACGACGAGGCAGAACACUCUUUACUGCACCAAAAUUCUGCAUACCAGAGCCAGUAUGAAGAUCCUCAUUCUCGACCCUUGACCCCAGGUCAAGAGUCGGUUUACACCCUGAGCGAGACAUACGCAGGAGGGGAUAAAUCACAGGUUCCCGUAACGGAAUACAACCCUCAACAUACGCAGGUUUAUGGGCAAGGUGGGGCAUACGGAUUGACAAAUUCGCAAGCUGGAUUUCCAGCCGGAGGAUAUGGUGACCCCGUCGAGAGGACCACUUCUACCGAGGCAUGGCAGCAGCGACAAGCUCCCGGCUUCGGCACGGUCAAGCGCUAUGCCACCAGGAAGGUCAAGGUGGUCAACAGUGUUCUCAGCAUCGACUACCCAGUUCCUAGCGCCAUUCAGAAUGCAAUCCAGUCAAAAUAUCGGAAUGACCUCGAGGGCGGAAGCGAGGAGUUUACACACAUGCGGUACACCGCAGCCACAUGCGAUCCCGACGAUUUCACAUUGAAGAAUGGUUACAAUCUGCGCCCGGCAAUGUACAACCGUCAUACCGAGCUUUUGAUCGCAAUCACGGCCUACAACGAGGACAAGGUUUUGACUGCUCGCACCUUGCACGGUGUCAUGCAGAACAUCCGGGACAUUGUCAAUCUGAAAAAGUCCGAAUUUUGGAAUAAAGGGGGCCCGGCCUGGCAGAAAAUUGUUGUGUGCCUUGUUUUCGACGGUAUUGAUCCAUGCGACAAAAACACCUUGGAUGUGCUGGCGACCGUGGGCGUGUACCAGGAUGGUGUCAUGAAGAAGGACUUUGACGGCAAGGACACCGUGGUUCAUGUCUUCGAAUAUACCACCCAGCUCUCCGUUACUGCCAACCAGCAGCUCAUUCGACCAAACGACAACGACGCUACGUCCCUGCCUCCUGUACAGAUGAUGUUCUGUCUGAAGCAAAAGAACAGCAAGAAGAUCAACUCUCAUCGAUGGCUCUUUAACGCCUUUGGUCGCAUUCUGAACCCUGAGGUCUGUGUUUUGCUCGAUGCCGGCACCAAACCGGGACCGAGGGCUAUCGUGUCUCUCUGGGAAGCUUUCUACAACGACAAGGAUCUUGGUGGUGCUUGUGGUGAGAUUCACGCCAUGUUGGGCCGCGGGGGAGUUUUCGGAAGGAAGUUGCUCAAUCCCUUGGUUGCGGCACAAAACUUCGAGUACAAGAUCAGCAAUAUCUUGGACAAGCCUCUGGAGAGUUCUUUCGGAUAUGUCAGUGUCUUGCCUGGUGCAUUCUCGGCGUAUCGGUUCCGAGCGAUCAUGGGCCGUCCGCUUGAACAGUACUUCCACGGUGACCACACCAUGUCCGCGCGACUGGGCAAGAAGGGAAUCGAAGGCAUGAACAUUUUCAAGAAGAACAUGUUUUUGGCCGAGGACCGCAUCCUGUGCUUCGAACUGGUCGCCAAAGCUGGAUCCAAAUGGCAUCUCACCUACGUCAAGGCGUCCAAAGCAGAAACAGAUGUGCCUGAAGGUGCUGCGGAGUUCAUCGGACAACGUCGACGCUGGCUCAACGGCUCCUUUGCCGCCUCGAUCUAUUCUCUCAUGCACUUCUCCCGCAUGUACAAAUCCGGCCACAACCUCAUACGAAUGUUCUUCUUCCACGUCCAAAUGAUCUACAACAUCGCCUCGGUCAUUCUUUCCUGGUUCUCGCUCGCAGCAUUCUGGCUUACCACGAAGAUUCUCAUGGACCUGGUGGGACAACCCAGUGACAGCAACGACAACAAGGCAUUUCCCUUUGGCGACAGCGCGACGCCCGUCAUCAACACGAUCAUCCAGUAUGUGUACCUGGCUUUUCUGUUACUGCAGUUCAUCCUCGCCUUGGGCAAUCGACCCAAGGGCUCGAAGCUCGCCUAUACCAUUUCCUUCUGCGUCUUUGCACUCAUCCAACUGUAUGUCAUUGUCCUGUCAAUGUACUUGGUGGUAAGGGCAUUCACGUCAGAGGAUGGCACCGAUAUCGUCACCAAUGAAGGCGCCAAUGAAUUCAUCAAGUCCUUCUUCGCCUCGACCGGACCCGGUAUUGUCAUCAUUGCGCUUGCAGCUACGUUUGGACUGUACUUUGUGGCCUCGUUCAUGUACCUGGAUCCCUGGCAUAUGUUCACGUCUUUCUUCCAGUAUCUGCUACUGAUGCCGUCUUUUAUCAACAUCCUCAUGAUCUACGCCUUUAGCAAUUGGCACGAUGUAUCAUGGGGCACCAAAGGCUCAGACAAGGCCGAUGUGCUGCCCUCGGCUCAAACCAAGAAAGACGAAAAGGGCAAAACGACCGUUAUAGAAGAAGUCGACAGACCUCAAGCCGACAUUGACAGUCAAUUCGAAGCAACAGUUCGACGUGCCCUUGCGCCCUUUGUGCCGCCAGUGGAAAAGGAAGACAAAACCCUGGAGGAUUCGUACAAGAACUUCCGAACUCGACUUGUGGCGACUUGGAUCUUCUCGAAUGCCUUGCUCGCUGUUGUCAUUACUAGUGACAGUGUCGACCAAUUUGGCUUUACUACUGACUGGUGCUAA